UCACGCAUCAACCAGACCGCACGUAUGCGAACAAAUAAUAUAGUUCCCCAAAAAAAAGGAAGAAGAAAAGGUGAACAUAUAGAACUAUAGUUGGCGAAAUAAACAACCACACCCAGUGUCAACCAAAACAGUCCCCCUGGCCUAUUCGGACACUCAGCACCAAGAACAGACAGGCAAGCACACUUGCGCCUUUAUAUAAAGGAACCCACCAGCAGCAUCAGCUUUGGUUUCAUCUCCUUGUACAUACCCAUUGCAAGGCAUUCUGAAGCAUAGCCUCUGCCUUUCCCUUCCUCUCCUCCACUCCGUCUUCCAGAGCUUUGAGAUGGCUCAGAAGGUGGUGCUGAGGGUUCCAACCAUGACUGAUGACAAGAUCAAGCAGAAGGCCAUUGAAGCUGUUGCGGAGAUUUACGGUAUUGACUCCAUAGCAGCGGAUCUGAAGGAGAACAAGAUGACCAUCAUAGGCGAAAUGGAUGCUGUUGCAGUUGCCAAGAAGUUAAAGAAGAUUGGGAAGAUUGACAUUGUGUCCGUUGGACCUGCAAAGGAAGAAAAGAAAGAGGAGAAAAAAGAAGAAAAGAAAGAAGAGAAGAAAGAGGAGAAGAAAGAAGAGAAGAAAGAAGAGAAGAAAGAGGAGAAGAAAUGAUAAAAAUAUAAAGCAUAUAAUAUCAUUGUGUGACCUCUCUCUUAUCUGCAGUUGCAAUAGCUUUGAGCCUUUGACUUUGUACUGAUGUUUCUAUGUGAAGUUACUAUGUAAAAUAUAUUCUACAGAGUACAAAUUAGUUAAAAAUAAAAGCACGAUUUGUGCAUCUCUUUAGCAUA